AUGUUUAUCAAUUGUCUACAACUAUUAUCAACUGUUAUACUGAUUAAGCUAUUAUUAUCACUGUAUGAAAUCAAUUGUUCAAUCAGUUCAGUGUGCAAAUCGGUUGCACCUAAUGGCGAAUACCUGGGUAGUCGUAUAUACAGACAGUGGUAUUCAAUUGAAACUGUUGACAACCAUACCAAACAUUUAAGUAGAUUAGUAUUGUAUACAAAAGUUAGUGAAUACAAGGUUAUACAUGAAUGGCAUUUGAUGGUCGAUAGACAGGACAUGACUAUAUCGGUAAAUAAGUCGACAUUCAAAUCGAUAGACAAACCGAUUGUCAAUAGAUUUUCUGGUUUAUCAUUAACAGGCGUUUCGGGAACAAUGUUAGAAAAGCCUAGCAUAUACUAUUGCGAUAUUACAUCUAAUACUACUACAAUCAGUGGGGCAAACAAAGGCUCUUAUAAUAUCGAUUGUAUUGCUGUCGAUAAUCCCUCCGAUGAUAUAAAACAAAAAACAUAUUACAUGGACUACAAUAUUGAUAGUAGUGGCAGUAGUAGUAGUAGUAGUAGUGAUAAUAUGAUAUUAAUCAGUCCACGAGUUUACCAAACAUUGACAUUUGAUAAAAUAUAUAAAUAUCAUAUGGUUUACAAUAAAUACGAUAAAUGUCGGAAAUUGAUUGCCAUAGAGUUUGCCAAACCGCUGACAUAUGUUUUGUCGGUCACCGGUAUUCUUGGAUCAGCUCAUACCUUGGCUACACAAUCGUCUUGA